CGCCACAGCAGCUUCAGGAAGGACCCUUUUCUACCCCUGUUUCCCCCACCCCACUUGUCUGCGUCUUAUGGUGACCUUUGCUAUAUGCAGUUGUAUCCGAAGUGCAGAUCCCGUGACCGAAACCUAAAUUGGCUGAGAGCUCAACCCUUGCGUCUUUGCUUGGGAAAACGAAGUCCAGAAAAUAAUCCAUGGCACUCUAUUGAACAUGUCAAAAGACAAUUCUGAGCAAAGCUCAUUAAAACUAGAGGAGAUCGAGAGCACUGCCGUUCCAAAACCGACAUUAUUCCAAAGAUGGAAGGCUCAUAUGAAGAAAUGGUGGUGGCUAUAUCUGAUCGGUCUGGGCUGUAUUGUCUUGGUCACCGUUCUCCCACUGGUUUACGUUGGAGUUCCUCACUUUGCCAAUGAUCGCAUUAAUAAGUACAAAUUCGACUUCGACGGCUUGUCUAUCACAAAUCCCACGCCUAACUCGUUCCAUGUGCGGCAAUCGCAACAGUUCCAUGUUGGGAUGGGUAGUGGACACCUCUCUGAGUUUGAUGCCUCGAUAUACUACUCGGGGUCUGAUACUUCGUUUGCUGUUCUUCCUUUCCCCCGCAUCGACUUCGGGAACGAUGCUUAUCUCGAAAUUGACCAGGAUUUGGACUUGUCUUGCGUCAGCUGUUUCUCAAAACUGGCUGAAGAUGCAGUUAGAAGCGAAGAAAUUUCAGUUCUCAUUACUGGAAAGCCAGCCCUCAAGGUGCAAGCACUUCCCACUGCCCACUUGAACAUUCACAAAACGGUGUCCUUGCCGGGACUAAAUGUUGAGGAAUUCAUGAAACGUGACGACGCUUUUAACGUUACCAAGCUUGAUCUUUUAAAUCCUCGCAUGAAUGAUGGGUACAAUGUAAACGCUACGAUUGUCUUCAAUACCCCAGCCGCAAUUAAUGUUGAAAUGGGUGCCGUCAGCUUCAAUCUUACCAUAGAUGACUCGGACCUGGGGUAUAUUGAUAUCCCGGAUCUGACUCUUCGGAACGGCACAUCAACUGCGGUUGUGCUUGGCGACUUGGACAUACAACUUCUCAUUCGAAAGGGAUUAUGGGAGAGUAGUAAUUCCAACUAUGGAAAGGUCACGAUCGGUAUUCACGGUAAUCGAAGCGUGUACAACGGGGAAGAAAUUCCCUACUUCACAGCGGCCGUCAAGGCAAUUUCGGCAUCGACCACGAUUAACUUGUUUGACUAUGUCUCCGACAUCCUAGGCGGGUAAAACAAUGUUGUGCUCCUGUGUGUCAUUUCAUCAAUUGUGCUCGCGGUACUUCUGGGGAGACCAUCUCCCCU